AUGUCCAAACUAGUCGUUCUUGGAGGUAAUGGAUUCCUAGGAAGAAGAAUAUGUCAAGCUGGUAUAGAAUCAGGAUUUAGGGUGACUUCAUUAUCACGCUCUGGUAAACCCCCAAGACUCACUCCAAAAGAAGAUAGCUCAUGGAUACAGAAGGUCAAUUGGAGACCUGCUGAUAUUUUCAAACCAGAAUCUUAUAAAGAAGAAUUGAAAGAUGCAACAAGUGUCGUUCAUUCAAUAGGUAUUUUAUUAGAGAAUCAAAAUUAUAAGAAAACGAUAAAUUCAAACUCAAGCAUUCUUAGUGAAUUUUCCAAUUUCUUGAAACCUUCAAACCCCUUAACAAAAUCAUCAUUCAAUUCAUAUGAAUCUGUAAAUAGAGAUUCUGCAAUUUUAUUAGCUGAAACUUUCCAAGAAACGACAAAUUCAUCAGAUCCAGCAUUUGUAUACAUAUCUGCUGACAAAGGGUUCCCAGGGUUACCAAAAGGGUAUAUCAAUUCUAAAAGGGAAGCUGAACAAGAGAUUCAAGUUUUAGAAAAAUUAAGACCAAUCUUGGUAAGACCUGGGUUCAUGUAUGAUGAAGUUUCAAAUCAAGAUAAUGUUAGAUCAAGUAUCAAAACAUUUGUUGAUAUUGCUAAUUGGGGGAACAGCACCAUUUUGGGGAAUAGAGUUGGGUUGUUUAAUGAAUUGAUUAGACCUACUGUUUCUACUCAAAGAGUUGCUGAAGCUAUUAUUUAUAGAAUUCAGGACAAGACUUUCAAAGGUGUUGUCACUUUGGAUGAUUUAUUAAACUAG